AUGUUCGUCCUUCACAAGGUUGUUGGAGUGUCUACUCUCAUAUUCACCGUAGUUUCUAGUCAAUAUAUUUCCUUUGGCUCCAGUGCUUUGAACGCCAGACUUAAUUCUUCCAGUCAAACACUUGCGUCCUUGAUUCCACAAGCGUUAACGACGUUCGAUUUCUCGCCUUUUGAUGUUCUUUCUCAAAGGAGCCAAAAUGGCAACUAUCAUGUUGGCGACAUCACACUCAGAUAUCGAGCUGUUGGAGAUAGUUCGUGGACCAGUGUCGAUUCCGCCGCCGAGAGGGCUGCGGUGACUUCCACAGGCGUUACUUCCGCAAAUCUCGCACCAACACUACCAUCAGGGAUUCCUUUAAGCAUCACGCGAGCCUGGUCCAUAAGUGGAGCGGACAUCAAUCUCAACUUCACUAUAACCAAUCAAGGCACCAGUAGCAUUGAAAUUGGAGCACUUGGAUUCCCUAUUGAGUUCAAUAGCAUUUUCACGGACAGAACAGCAGUGGAUACGCAAAAAAUGUGCUCUCUAGUGGAUCCAAAUAUUGGUCUCGACGGUGGCUAUCUGCGUGUGACGCCAUUGUCAGGAACAGGUCCAGCACUGGUAGUGACACCGCUAGGGCAUACACCCCUUGAAGGUUGGCGAUUCUUAGAAGAAGAUACCGACACGGCACUGGGAUAUCAAAGCCAAACAUUCGAAGGGUUUUAUUCUUGGGAAACCUAUACUUUAGCAUAUACUCAAAAUGAGUGGAAGGGAACGAGUCCUUGGAACCCCGGUACAUCGGUAGUACUUGCUGCAGGCCAAUCAAUCACGAAAGGGUUGAAGUUUUCAGCUGCAAGCAGCAUCAGUGAUAUUGAAUCGACUGUGGCCAAUACAGGAACACCAGUUGCUAUUGGUGUUCCGGGAUACAUCAUUCCACAGGAUCUCACAGCCCAAUUGUUCCUGCAGCACACUUCAACCGUCUCUUCUAUCACAUCAACUCCUGCUGGGGCCUUCACGUUUUCAACCGCAGCCAAGAAUAAGUAUACUCUCACACCUAGCUCGUCCCCCUGGGGAAGAGUUCGAGUAACAAUUACAUAUGCCGAUGGCCUUGUACAAACGGUUAAUUAUGUUAUUACUCAGUCAGCACCUGGAGCUAUAUCUUCGCUGGGCACAUUUUUGACAUCAAAUCAGUGGCUCGAAAGCAGCAGUGAUCCUUUUGGUAGAGGACCAUCAGUUAUAUCUUACGACCGCUCAGUUAAUGCUCAAGUUCUACAGGACCCGAGAGUCUGGAUUGCUGGAUUGAGUGAUGAAGCAGGAGCUGGUUCCUGGCUUGCAGCGACAAUGAAGCAAGCAAUCUCACCCAACGCCGCUGAGAUAACCAAAUUGGAGCAAUUCGUUACAAAAACGUUGUGGGGAAAUAUUCAGAACUCCGAUUACAGCGUCAAAAUGAGCGUCUUUUACUACCAGCCAGGUGCAGUUUCAUACAGUUAUUCAUCAUCAAUAGAUUGGGGGAAUUGGUGGAGCUGGAACAAAAACUCAGCUUACGGUACCGGAAGAACCUACGAUUAUGUUCAUGUGACGGCUGCUUACUGGGCUCUCUAUCGUGUCGCUAGAUUCUAUCCAAAAUUAGUGACGAAACAGACCUGGCAAUGGUAUUUGAAUCAGGCCUAUGAAACCAUCAUCUAUGCGACGGGCCCAGAUACUGGGUACGUCGAUGUAGGGCUAAUGGGUGAAACAGUUUGGGGAUACGUUUUGCAAGAUUUGCAGAACGAAGGCAACAAGACUGCUGCUAAUGCUGUGAUUGCUGCAAUGAAGACAAGGGCGAAUUUGUGGAAUAGUGAGGCUGUUCCUUAUGGAAGUGAGAUGGCUUGGGAUUCUACUGGGCAGGAAGGAGUUUACUAUUGGUCUAACUACUUCGGGUUGACAACCACGGUGACGAAAACAAUUAACUCGAUCUUGGGAUAUAUGCCUGCAGUAAGUCAUUGGGCAUGGAAUGGUAAUGCUAGAAGAUAUUGGGAUUUUAUUUAUGGUGGCAAGCUGAUGCGAUUUGAGCGGAUGGGUCAUCACUAUGGAUCCGGCUUAAAUGCACUUCCAUUACUAUCACACUUCGAACAAAACCCCACUGAAACAUAUCUCCUUCGAGUCGGUUAUGGAGGAACAAAUGGUCCCUUAUCCAAUAUCGAUAGCGAGGGCUUUGCAUCAGCAGCAUUCCACACAUGGCCAGAUACCAUGGCAUGGGAUGCAUAUAGCGGAGACUACGGUCCAAAUUUCGUCGGUCUAGCGCUUGGCUCUGGUACCUACGUCGUUGAUGAUACAACACUAGGUCUUAUCGCUUUCGGUGGCGCACUCACUGGCUCUAGCACAUCAUGGGCCGUAGCACCGAAAGAUGCCGUGAGGAGAAAAGUCUUUAUCGCACAAUUAGGAUUCAAAUUCGAAAUUGAUGCCGGUGCGAUAGCAAGUGUAACAUACACGAAUGGGACUGUAAAACUUACUAUCGCGCCGAUUGUUUCUACGGUUUCCACUAUGGCGAGUGCUUCUUCGACGAUUUUGAGGGUUACGAAGACUGCGCAGGUAGGUUCGGUGGGUAAGGCGACUGUGUCGGAGUUGGGUGCGCUGAGGGGUGGAUGGGCUGUUGAUUUGACGGGUGGAGAGGUGGUUGUUUCGAUUACUUUUUCGUAG